CCAGACAGAUGGGUUGAAUGUGGUCACUCAGGGUGGGCCGCACUGAAAGCCAAAGCACUGCCACGUUGUGUUGGGUCAUCUCAAGCAGAAUGGAUCAAACCCCUCUGAGGUAUCGAUCAAAGUCUCAAACAUCACUCGGAGCAACCUGAUGGGGUCCAACGUGGCAGUGCUUCGGCUGUCAGUGCGGCCCACAAUGAGUGACCACAUUAAACCCAUCUGUCUGGAGAACGGUCGAAGCUUCCCCAUGGGAUCCACAUGCUGGGCUGCUGGCUGGAGCUCAGGGCGAGGAGGAGAAGAGCAAAUCCUGCAGGAGUUCCAGACUUCAGUGCAAAAUUGUGGGAAUGCAUCAACAACUGACAGCAUUUAUACAGGACAGUUCACUCAGGAACAGGUAAAUGAUGACAGGGUGACACUGGUGGUCCACUCAUGUGCCAGCAGGAUGGGUCUUGGUUCCAGGUCGCUGUAUUAUCAGCUGCAAACGGCUCUGCCAGGAAAAAACGAGACGCUGCAGUGAAAGUUUUUGAAAAACUAAGUCGUUUUCAGACCUUCCUGACUAAGACCCUGGGGACGUUCUUAUCUCCAGCUUCCACCACCACCAUCACGGCCACCACGAACCCCACCAGCUCUACUACGUUCAAUGGGAACACUCCUGCUAACUCCCCCUUCUUCUCCUGUCUCUCUCUCCUUAUUCUCACCUUCUGGCUCCAACUCCUUUCAUAGAGAUGUUCAAACUCUGUCUGGUUUACAUGAUGUGUCAUGCACAGAUGAAUGUGGAUAAACCUUAAAUUAUACACAACUUUAAACUCUGAAACUAUGACUAAACUCUGCCUCGAAACAAAACAUAAAAUUGCACAAAGCAAAGCAGCUCAGUGUUUGUGUACCUGAUGAACCUAAAUUCAAUGUUAUGCAAAGAUAUGCACCAAUGUAAUGGUGUGUAUAUCUUUGGUUUUCAUUUAAGCAAAGCUUUA